AUGCCCUUCGCCUCAGAGCUCGAGGCCUACAGGCGUGAUGAGCGUCUAGGCCACAAGCUCUUGACGCCCGAGGAGAGGCUACGGCUAAUCAGGGCUUAUCAUGCAGUCGCGAACCGGAUACACCUGGUCUAUUACCACCACCACCGCACUCCCGAGCUGAUACGGCGCGACGUUAAGGGGCUCCGCCGGUUACCAAAGCACCUGAGUGUUAUCCUGACAUUGGAGGAUCAGCGACGGAGCGCUAACCAGGAGACAGGCAUUCUCAAGGGCUAUCUCAAAGACACCCACCAGGCAAUCUCCCAAGAGAUGCACGCCUACUUCGGGCCCAACCACCCCACCGUGAGCCUCGGCGCGCCGCACAUCCCCCCUCUCGAGUCGGAUGCCCUCCCCGAAGGCAACGACCACCACGGCAGCGGCAGUAGCGACGAGGACGAGGAGCCGAGGAAGCACAUCUCGAUCGUGCUCAUCUCGGCCGAGGACGGGCGGGACUCGAUGGUUGACUUGACCAAGACGCUGGCCGAGAUGUCGCAACGUAAGAAGCUCAACCCGGCCGACAUCACCCCUGAGUUGGUCGACGCCGAGCUCACCGAGAGCGUCAUGUCGGAGCCCGACCUGCUCAUCCUCUUCAGCCCCCACGUCGAGCUCGCUGGAUACCCGCCAUGGCAAAUCCGCCUCACCGAGAUCUUCCACGUCAGGGACAACCAGGGGGUUGGGUACCAGGUGUUUUAUAAGGGGUUGCGCAACUUUGCCGAGGCGCAGAUGCGGAAGGGGAGAUAG